AUGAGUCCCUCAGCUGAUUCCACCAAUGUUAAUGGGAAUGGAGUAGCAACCCCUUUGCUCCCUGAGAUAACUCGACAGCGCUUGGAAAAAGCCGGAAUUGACCUUUCCAAGGGUUAUCCUCAAAAACCUAACCGCCAAGUUCAGUAUCAGGAUCCCUCUGGACGGGACCAUAGUCAGCCGUAUAUUGAUGCAGGAUCCCGAGCUGACAAAGAGAAAAGAAGUCUUUUGUCUGCAGCUACCGGGGUCAUCCACUUGACAAAGCAUAUUGGCACAGAGAUUACCGGUCUGCAGAUAAAGGACCUGUCAAACCAGCAGAGGGAUGAAUUAGCCUUGCUGAUUGCAGAAAGAGGAGUCGUGUUUUUCCGCGACCAGGAUAUUACUCCCCAACAGCAACACGAAUUGGCAGACUACUAUGGUGAGCCUGAAGUCCAUCCUGUAGCACCUCACGUCCCCGGCGUACCGAGCGCCAGUGUAAUUUGGCCCGACUAUCAAGCUACAGAGUCUGAGGCCAGCUUCCGUCGUCCAGGAGGGGUCUCAGGCUGGCACACUGACCUUGCGUUGGGUCACGACAAGCGGCCAGCCGGAAUAAGUCAUCUGCACAAUGACGCUGUCCCAACUAUAGGCGGAGACACUCUCUGGUCUAGCGGGUACUGUGCCUAUGAGAAGUUAUCACCGUCGUUCCGGAAAUUUAUCGAUGGUAAGAAAGUCAUUUAUCGCUCUGCUGUCGCCUUCAUAGAUAGCAGGAACCCAGAGGCCGGCCCGAAGCAUGUUGCUAUGGCAGAGCGCAUUGUGGGUUUGGACAAAGCUGAAAGUGAUCUGAUUUUGGGAUAUUUGUGCGACCUUUACGAAAAGAGUGUGGAUAUACAAGUCCGUUUCAGAUGGACACCGAAAACCAGCGCAUUAUGGGACAACAGAGUCACUAUCCAUGUCGCAAGCUGGGACUACGAAGGCUCCGAGCCUAGACAUGGGACAAGAGCGACUGCGUUGGCAGAACAACCAUAUUUUGAUCCUAAGUCGCCUACAAGAAGAGAGGCACUAGGUCUUUUAGGACUUUCGGAAAUAAGAGAACUGGAGGAGCAAAAUUCUGUUUCAAUUUAA